AUGCUGUUUACCUCAACUCGAUCAGGCUUGGCCUCGCUUCUUGCGCUGGCAAGCUGUGCAGUGGCACAAAAUGUCAAAGCCAUCUUUCUUUUCAAAGAUGUCAUGCAGUCCAACACCACCGCUCUCAAAACAUCGGGCUUCGACACCGUCCUCCUCUUCCGCAUAGGUAUCCUGCCAAACGCCGAUCUGGUCUAUUACUCGACCGGGAGCGACGGCAAUCCUGUGGACUGGCCCGUGGUAACCAACGGAAGCUACGUCGGCGGCCAGGCCCUCACCGACAAGAUCAUCUCCCUGAAGACGGCCCCGACAUUGAUCGAGCGUGUCGAGAUCUCGCUGGUCUCGCACGACACCACAUUCCAGGUCAUACGCGACCGCAUCGCCGCGGACGGCACCGGUCCCUCGACACCACUGUACCGGGCAUUUGACGUGCUCAAGCAGACCUGGGAGCUGGACGCCUUCAACAACGACGACGAGAGCGUCUACGACGUGCCCAGCACCGUCGAGUUUGCGCAGAUGCUGGAGCUCAUGGGCUACAAAUACUCGACCGCGCCCUACACAAACGUAAGCUUCUGGGCCGACGUGCAGAACCGCAUCAACGCCGCUGUGCCGGGUCUGCUAGACCGCCACUACCUGCAGGUGUACGACGGAGGUGCGGCCAACGACCCGGGAACCUGGCAGACACGCCUCGGCAUGAAGAUCGUGCCGCUGCUGUGGGUCAACAAUGACUACAAACCAGACCAUGGGAACACGCCGGCGCAGGCAGAAACCAGAUUCGCCAAUUGGAACCAGCAGUACAACCUCGCGGGCGGUGGAUACUGGAACGAUUACGACAUUGAGAAGCUCAAUUCGUCGUAUGAGGGAUAUGGCAACGCCCUGACGAGCGUGUUCGGGUAG